AUCAUGGCCGCCUCCUUGUAGAAAUACUAAAAAGCUCUACAGAAAGACUACUAAAACACACCUUCCGCUUAUUGUAUUUGCAUAUUUAAGACAAUAUACUCUCCGCGAUGUGGUUGCGAUUUCAUACUGUGUGUUUUAGAAGGCAGAUAAGGCAUUUUCCUGCUGUUUAUACUCAUGCAAGUGUGAGGAGUAAUGCCAGGGUUGCUAGUUUCUGUCAUUCAUCAAGAGUUGCAACAGCAUCCACCUGCCAGGCUCUUCGGUACAACAAGCACGGGGAUCCCUCUCAAGUGGUCCACUUGGAGAAUGUUGAAGUUGGACCUGUCGGCGCCAGUGACGUCCUUGUUAAGAUGCUAGCUGCUCCUGUCAAUCCUUCUGACAUCAACAUGAUCCAAGGCACAUAUGCUAUCCUUCCUGACCUGCCAGCCACUGGAGGAAACGAAGGGGUCGGUGAGGUCACUGAGGUGGGCCACCAGGUGAAGUCUUUAAAACCUGGUGACUGGGUUAUCCCAAAAGACGCAGGUUUAGGUACUUGGAGAACAGCUGCAGUGUUUUCUGAGGAUGAUCUAAUGUCACUACCUAAUGACAUUCCCCUGUUGGCUGCUGCCACUCUGGGAGUAAAUCCAUGCACUGCUUACAGGCUGCUUGCUGAUUUUGAAGACCUCAAAUCUGGAGAUACAGUUAUACAAAAUGCAGCCAACAGUGGAGUUGGACAGGCUGUAAUACAGAUUGCUGCUGCUCGAGGAAUUAGUACUAUUAAUGUAAUCCGAGAUAGGCCAGAGUUCACUCAGCUCAGUGAUAGACUGAAGGCUAUUGGAGCCACUCAUGUGAUUAAAGAAGAGGCAUUGAGAAAGCCGGAAAUGAAGGAACUUUUCAAAACUUGUCCAAAGCCUAAACUUGCUCUUAAUGGAGUCGGUGGCAAGAGUGCAACAGAAUUGCUCCGACAUCUACAGGUAGGAGGAUCCAUGAUCACAUAUGGAGGGAUGGCUAAACAACCAGUGACAGUUCCUGUGAGUGCUCUCAUUUUCAAGGAUCUACAGGUUAGAGGCUUUUGGGUCACACAGUGGAAGAGGAAUCAGUCAUAUGAUGGCUGUCUUUUCAGAAACAUGUUGGAUGAUUUGUGUUCCCUUAUUAAGCAAAAGAAGCUCGCAGCUCCGGCGUGCCACAAGGUGCUUUUUGAGGAAUACCACAAAGCAUUGUAUGGUGCAAUGCAGCCUUACACUUCUGCAAAAAAAUGUCCUAAUAUUUUGAUCUGUCAUGUCUCAAUAAAUGUUCUAUCUUGUAGCAGGCUCAUUAUCCAAUAGUGUGCAAUGAGACCUCCUUUUUACCAGC